AUGGGACAGGCCUGGAGAAGAUAAGCAAUUGUAUAUUCCACAUGAUUGUUCAACUACAUUGAAUAAGCAAGUUGCCCUCAUGUCCCUUCUCCCUGGAGGAUUCACAGAUCAGAGGGCUGUGUGUGUCCUGUCCCCUGCCUGCAGACGGCUGAAACUUUAUUCCCAGCGAUCUAAGUCUUUUUUACAGUCCUCAGAUAUACCCAGCAUAAGGCCUCCCUUGCGAGAGUGGGCCCAUGUUUAACAACACUGAAUUCAGAUGACUCUCUCUUAUUGUAUUUGUUCCAUUUUUAGUGGAAAUAGAGUUUGACUGCUAAGCCCUACUCCUUCCUAAAUAUAAAGACUAUUGGGGACAAAAAAAGUCUCUGUCCCCAUCUUUCAAAAGUUUGACAUUAAAGUUUGACCUUCGGGGUUCAUUCUGGCGCUGACAGUCUGGUCCACCAGGUUCCCAGCUGCUGCUGCCUGUCAUGUUGCCCAUUCUUAGAGUGGGCCAGCCUCUGCCGAGCCAGGCUGGAAAACCCUGGGUGCAGGUCACAAAGACAUUUCAGGACUAUUGCUGCUCUGACCUCUCCAGCUCCCAAGAAUCUCAGAACCACUGAGAAUGCUUGGCUGCCCUUGCAGUCUGGAAAAGUGGAGGGAGCUUUCUCCAUAGGUGGGCAAGCAAGAUACAAGGGCCGCUGGCCUGGCAAGCUAGGGUCUGUGGUCUCUGAAGGCCACUGGAGGCAGAGGCCUUGGCCUGUGAUUCCAGAGAGCUCGGUGAGCCAGAGGCUAGAGCUCAGGCUCAAGCAGGCCAAGAAGGAGUUAACCUCCAAGGAGAAUGUGGGCUUCUCCCAGACUGGAGGUCUGUGCCCAGUUUUGCUGGUGCCAACUCCGGGAAGAAGUCCUGGGAUCUGUAGUUUGUGCCACCACCCACCCCUGGCCUGCCUGUUUAUCAACACGGUCUUGUAGACUACAGUUCCCAGAAACCUGCAGAGGCUAGGCUUUGGGGGAAGGGGUGGGGCAGGAGGCUCCGUGGCGGCCAGAGGGAGAGGGAGAGGGAGGAGGUGGGGAGAGAAAACCCAAUUCACCCCCUUCCUUUUUAAUUCUUUCUCCUGGUGUGUCUGCUCCACCGCCCGAGCUAAUCCCCCAAAUCCGGUCUCCUAAGCCGCAGCUGCUUCCCUUCGCAGUGAUGAAUGGCUCAGGGAGGGAAGAUCUCUGGUGAGUGUUCCCCCAGCCUGGCGUAGGGCAUGCCCCAGUUCACUUUCGCCUGCUUCUGUGGUCUCCACGGCUUCUGCAAAAUGAAGAGGAAGAAGGAGGAAGUUCACAGAGAGCGGGAGACGGCGGUGUGAUCAGAACCAGGGCCCCUCCAUCAAGCCCCCAGCAGGUCCCAGGCCUGAUGGUGCCCGCUUCUGGCUGGGGCUUGGAGCAGGAAGCCAUGUGUGUAUCUUUAGUCUUGAUUUAGCCAGUGCUCUUCUCAGCCUGACUCUCACCCGAGGGCAUCAGCCUCCUGUGUGCCUCUCAUCCUCCUCAUGCCCACACCCAUUAGCUUCCAAUUCUCAGCCCUCCUUGGAGAGAGGCCCCAGCCACACAAGGGGGAACCCCAGGACCUGCCGCAUGCCUUCCAGAGACUGAGAAGCCCCAGGGAGGCCAAGGAGCGAAACUUCUUUCCUGCCCUGACAGCUUCGGGGGACUCUUCUCAGGGUAACCGCAUGAGGGAUGUGCCGCCUUGGGCUAGGAGAGCUGUUGAUAAAUGGGAAACUGGCUGCUCUAGCAGAGAACCUCCAGCAGCCCUGACCCUGGAGAAGGCCUCCAGGGCGGAAGUGUGAGACUCUCCGGGGAUUCCAGGACCUGGGGCAAGAGUCCUUUUCCAGCCCCCUGCCAGCAUCCUCCUGGGCCAGGUGGGGCCAGGCCUGAGGUGGCCAGCCCGGUGAGGAGGAAGGCAGAGGUGGCCAGCGGCUCCGUGGCUCCCUCUGUUCUUGCUCUCCAGAAAGCAGUGUUUCCUCCAGCCCCAGUCCUGACCCACCCACGUUCAUGAUGCCUGUGCCUCCUUGCCAGCAUCACAGAUGUUGGGAGGCCUGUUCCCCAGGCCCUGACUCCCCUCCUCAGGGACUGUCUUGCCGUGGCCAGACCAAGGGACCCCUUUCCUGGACUGAGUCGUGCCCUCCCUCGAUUAUCCUGUCUCCCCUGCCUUUUUCUUCUCUCCUCAGAAGCCAUAGAGGGAACUGCGAUCGUAUGUAGUGCCUUCAGUGGAAACUCUUGGGGUAGGGGGACCUCUAGGACCUUCCUCGACUUUUCCCCUCAUCUCCCACCCCAGCCAACCUUCCAGCUUCAGCCUCUACCCUUAGCCCCAGCCCAUUUCCAGGAGGUAGGAAGCAAAAGAAAAAAGCAUUUCCUUCUCUCUUUCCUUCUUUCUUCCUUCCUCUCUCCCCCCAUUUUGGUAUAAUUUAGCCUUUUGUCUUUGAUCCUGGAGUUCUCCGGGGCUAGAAGACAUGCAGAGAGGAAUGCCAGCGGCAGAGAUGCUUCAGGCAGAUUCUGUAAGCCUGUUCUCCCUCAUCAGGAAACAGCUCAGCCAAGGAACAAAGUCAGACCCCCUCUAGCUCCCCAGGGACAGAAUAGCCCUUCUGACAGAUAAACAGGUGACCUGGGUAGAGAGGUCAAGGCCCCAAGAUAGGAGAGUCUGGGCUCCUCUUUCCUUGGAAUGUGGGCCUCUCUGGGCAACUAGGGAGGGCAAAAGGCUUCCUUGGCUGGUUCGCCCAGAACCUGGGAGAAGCAAAGGCACAUUCUAUGCUGGCAGCCUCUGCCUGCCCAGCUCAUGCCCACACUCAGGGGCCUUUCCUGGGCUUUGGGCAGAUUUGGUGGGAUUCAGGUUGUCUUUAUGAGGCUUGAGCACAGCUUGAGUUCCUCCUCCCAUCCUCCAACCCCUUCCUUUGCCCCUACCUCCCAGCCCCCACCUUCUACAAUGUUAUUUCCUUUUAUAUCCAAAGAAUUAUAAACAGAAGUCCUUCCCUCAAGGGAACAGUGAGAUUCAGCAAUAAAGGCCAGUGGGGUCACAAAGGACAGAAGAAAAACUCCCUGGUUCUUUGUCCUCUUGGAUAGUAGAGGCCUUGGAUGAGGCAAAGAGAUGGGCAGAAAAGUUACCUUGAUACAGAGGCCAGAGAGCCUCCUGGAGGGCAUGUGUGUCCCUAGUGGUCACCUGCGAGGCUGCAAUCCUAGAGAAGUCACUUCUGUGGCAGAGGAUGAAAUUGUAUCCCCGGAGACUCAGAGGUAUUGGGUAUUAUGUCCUGACCACACGGGCUCACCAAGAGGACAGGUCAGGAAAGUGGAGAAAGUACGUCCUGGGGAGCGGGUGGCCAAGGAGAGCUUUCCCCAUGUGUGCCUCUCAGAUCUUGGCAGGGAUUGCAGCUGCAGGGGUUUGGCAGUGAGCCCAUCCAGAGAGCUUCCUCCCCCGGGAGAACUCCCUUGGCUCUAGAGGGAUACUAGAUAUCUUGAGCCCUGGCUUUGGGAACAUGGGUGGGGUCCCAAGGUCAAAGUGUUCUGAGUGGAGGUCCAGUUGUCCUCUGCCUCCAAGCUGGCAGCCUCUUCUUCACCCAGGGCUGAGGUUGGGGCCAGCACUGCAGCUGGAAUUGUCUGAGUAGGAGAUAGCAGCCAGGCACACCCCAACCCCACAUUCUGUUGUCCCUCAGUUUCCUUCUCAGGGAAAUGGGGACUUUGCUCCUUUUAGCAUCUCAGGAAGCAGUCUGGACACCUGUGCCCUCCUCUAGGCCCUUGGAUGAGCCCAGGGAAUAGGAAAAGGCCAAAGCAGCCCCAGCAUUUGCAGACCCUGCGCCCUGGGCCUCUGACUUCGGGCCAGGCUUCUGCUCCUUCUGGGGUGGGCCUGGCUGCCCUGCCUCCCCAUCCUCUCUCCAUGGUUCUCUCCCAGAGACUCCACCUUGAGGUGGGGGCCCUGAGCUCUUGGGGUGAGGGAGGGGCACAUGGGUAGACGAUUCUGUGGAGGAGAUCAGGCCUCUUGUUCUUGCUGUGUGGCACUGAUUCCUCCUUGCAGAUGGAUGAGGGGGUCAGUUUUCCCCAUCUGUAAAGCGAGGACUUCCCAUGGCCAUUUUCCCUCUUGGGCUUCAGGCUGUUGAAUGGAAGAUCGAGAAGUGUGAAGGGUGCUUAGGGUCUUUGUGACUUGAGUGUUGCCUAGGACCCUGGUCCACAGGACCCAAGGGGUUUCUUGUCUCAGGUUGAAACCUUUUCAUUAGAAUGUCAUUUCCUUCUCUGCUCCCAGGGAAGGGCUUUUUGCAUGUAGCAUAUGGGUUCAUAGAAAUAUAUAGGGAGACUGUUAUUUUUAGAAAAAAAAAAAAGAGCAAUAAUUAACUAACUGAAAUACACAUGAAGUGUUAGAGUGGGAUGCAAGGAGCACUGAGCUGGGAGCCAGAUCUCCUGGCUUCUAGCCCUGCUUGGAAACUAAUGACCAUGUGACCUUAGACUAGUCAUGUCUUAUUUCUGAGACUCAGGUUUCUCAACUAUAAAUAGAGGAUUACAUGAAUUUCCUCUUAAGUCUCCUUUGGAGUCCAGGGCUCUGUGAGUCUGGGAAGUUGAGCCUCAGUGGGGCAUAGGGUUGUGGAACCAGAGGGUCGCAGGUUUCCUCUGCCCUCAUAGAUGCACUCUGUGCAGACAACAGACAUACCAGGAGGGUAGAUGGAAGUGGUAUGGUGGCUCUGAGAAGUGAGAGGGGGAGUGAGAGGGAAAGGCAAGUCAUCCAGAGCUUCUGCUAGAAUCUUCCCCUAGCCACAGCCCAGGACUCCUUGCAGUUCUGCCUCUCUUCCCUUCUACAGCCAGGCCCAAGGGGAGUAAGUCAGUUGGCCUAGACUCUGACUCCAGGUCCUGUCUAGGCCAUCACAGGUGCCACUCUUAUGUACGUUCUCACUUUCUCUCUGUCACAUACACACAGCAUCACCACCACCACCACCACAACCACCUGCAGAUAGAUGCUUAAGUGAUUCUAGAAGAGAUCUCAAGGACUGGCGUUCUGCUCCAGUUAUGUAACCUAUGGGCUUCCCUUUGCACAGCUCCUCAUGUGCCCAUCUCCAUGCUGAUCAAACCACCCCACCUCAUUCCUUGCCUUCUGCAAGGGGAAGUACCUCAGGCUGGAGUUUGUCCUGUCUACAGACUGAAUAUGCAUUUUGCCCAGUGGCUGGGGAUGUGCUGGUGGUGGAAUGUGCUGGUGAUCAUUUCUGGAUGGAGAGCCACAACCCCCCAGUGUUCUGCCAUGACUGACUCCUGACCUUGGCAAAUUGCCUCCUCCCUCCCAGCCUCCUCCAUAACAGGUGGCGAUGAGUCCCAUUUCCUCCCUACCUCACAGGAAGGCACGCAUUAUAAAGGGCACACUUAUCAGAUGUGCCCAGAUGUGGCUGGAACUUUUGGAGACAGAUACUUGGUUCACAACUGCAAAGGUGGGCUUUCGCCAGAGAAAAUCUCUGGGCUGCUGAGUUCAGUGGGCUCCUUGCAGGCUGGUCUAGGAAGUCUGGUGUUCCUCCUGAAGGUGGCUGCUAUGUCCAGCAGGUGAUCAAGCUGACAGUGCCACAAGAACCAAGAAACAGAAUCUGUUCCCAAGCAAUGAACGUUCUAUCUCUCUGACCCAAAAGCAAGAGCAAGAGAGAGCUAUCACCAUCAUCACCCUGCUCCCAACACAAACACAGCCCCCCAAGUCCAUAUUGCUGACAAGGGUGUCUGGCUUGUCAGGGUGAAUCCUCUGGACCCCCAGGCCAUCCCUGGAGUGGUCAGUGCCCACUGUGUCGGGGUUGUUGUGGCCAGUCUGCCUGGGUUCCCUUCUCUAAAUUUCCAUGGGAUAGGAACUAUAGAUCAUGAAGAAGAAACAGGAACCUUGACUCUUCACAGAGGAGCCCAGGAGGUCAGAACCAUCCACCAGGAGGGUGAGCGGUAGCUGCCCAGGGCAUCCCUGGAGGAAGUCGUCAUACUGAGGAAGAAAUUGCAAAAGCCAAGAGCUCCCAGACCUGGGCAGCUCAGGAGCUGGCAGAAACCCAGCCCCCCAAGUCUGGAGUUCAAGGGUUUUCCUCGUGGGCUGCUGGGCUGUCUCUUUCCCUUCUGGGGCAGCUGUCUCUCCUCCUUCAGCUCAUUCCAGUGUUCCAUCUGAGGGGCGGGAGGAAGGCAGGAGGGGGAGAUGGCAGGACCCAGACAGAUCCUCAGGACUCUCCCAGCCUCUGUUGCCAUGGCAACACUGCUAUUUUUAUCCCGUUGUUCAUGAUGCUCAAAGCUCUAACUUUCUCUGUUCCAGAGAGGCCAGGCUGGCUUCUGCCCUCAUCCUUUAACACAGCAUCUUCUCCCAGAGGCCUGAGGAUGCGAAAAAGUGAUGGAGAAAAGGGGAACCCCUUAGGUCACCUCUCAAUCAGAGGGAACUGUUUAACAGGGGUUUGUCUCUGCCCUUUUGAGCCUUUGGUUUUCUACCUGGCUCAGGCACCCAGAUUUAUGUUUUCUAGAUCAAAACUCCGCAUGGUCUCCCUGAGAGACUGCUCCAGAGAAAAAAGAGCUGCCAAUCAGGAUGGAUUUUUUCCUACACAGGUAUGACACUGCAGCCACUUCCCUUCUUGGGAAAAUUAAACUUCAUUCUGAAGAAUGUCCUGUUGGUGGUAUAAGCCAACCCCUGCCCUCCUAAAAGGGGAUAGAUAAUUAAAUUUGGUUAAUUAGCAAUCGGAUUCACUGGGGAAUUGAAACCAGUACUUCCCUUUCUUCUGUCCCUCCACCAAAGAACCGGAACAAAUGGCUUCAUGUCUUUGUCCAGUCUUUCUGCCUAAAGCAAAAUAGCAUAUAUUCUCCAGGCUGAAAAGUAGAUUCCUCCCCACCCCUACUCAAGACGGCCACAUUUUAAUCCAGGCUCUUGAAGACAGGGUCUAAUGAAAGGAUUUCUGUUCUUUCUCUGUCUGUUCCCUCUGGCCCAGCUUCCAGUUCUCUCCUUAUGUCCCCACAUGGCAGUGGCAAGAGACCCCUGAGAGUCAAUGGUGCUAACGUUCCCCACCUAUAUACCCCUAAGUAGUUUAUCGAGAUUUGAACCCAGCACCUAGGUGGCUGUGUUAGGUGGAUACAUUUCACAUCCUCAAGACCAUGACCCUGGCGACAGGUCUGGAUUAAUUCUGUAAAGUAGCAAUCUAUAUCAUGCUAAAUUCCUGCACUGAGGUUCUACCUCGUCUGAACUGACUCGUGGAUGGUUAAGUUUCCUGGGGUGGCUGGAACCCAUUUACUAAGCCUCUAAUUGGUUUCAUUUUGGCUCAAGUUGCAUGGUUUCCCGAAUCUAUGCACCUGGAGUAAGCACUUUUCUGGUUGCCACUGAAAAGCAUGCCGGCAAACGCUGCUCUGUUAAUUGCUGUAAUAAACAGACUUUAUUAUA